AUGAUGGCUGUUGAUGAACCUCCCAAAGUGAUAUCUACAGUUGAUAAGGCCACUGAUGCAAUCAGGCACAGAUUUCAACUUGUUACUCAGCGGAUAGCCCGGUGUAAACAACUGCAGAGUAUCAAAUUCAGUACAAUCGAAUCUCUGCUAGGAAGUUCGCGAGUGCAAAACGAUGUCAUCGUUAUUGGUAUGCUCACACAACAAAAGAGUCACUGCUACCAUAUAGAAGACUUGACAGGAUCAAUGCAGGUUGAGUUCAAUGAAGAGACUCGCUUUCAACACGGGAUGUUCACCGAAGGAAGUGUGGCUAUUUUCCAGGGAACUUACGACUCAUCUUUGCUUACCGUUCGUGAGGUAGCAUCCGUACCAUUAGAAUCAGCAGAAGAAACGAGAGCUGUUUUUGGCAACGUGAAUUGGUUCGGUGGAGAUGAUCCAGUCGCAUUCCGAUGUAAUCCUAAAUUGUGCGUUGCUGAACGAAGUAAUCCCAACGCACAAAUCGUGUUUUUGUCGGACGUGCACCUCGAUAAUCCAAGGGUGAUGCAAGCCGUUUAUCAUAUGCUAUCAGGAUUUUCUGCUGACGCCCCCUUGGCUUUUAUAUUUUGUGGAAAUUUCUGUUCCCGGUCACGGCAACAGGAUACCAUGGAACUGCUUCACACAGGUUUCCGAAGACUUGCUAACCAGCUGAAUGACUUUGCUUCUUCAUUCACAUCCACCCAUUUUGUGUUUGUUCCUGGACCAGAUGACCCAUGUUUGAAUAUGAUGUUGCCGCGUCCUCACCUUCCAAGUGUUCUCUUCAAAUACUUUGAGCAGAUUCCAAACUGUGUCUUUGCAACAAAUCCUGUUCGGAUACAGUACGCCAGCCAGGAAAUAGUGGUUUUCCGAAAUGACCUUGUUGAAAGAAUGUGCAGGCAUGCCGUAAAUGCUGUUGCUUCUGAAAACAUACCCAAAAGCUUCGCCAAGACAGUUUUAAGUCAGGUUCAUUUAUCACCGUUGCCGGCACAUGUAUCUCCUGUCCUUUGGGAAUUUGAUCACGUGAUGAGCUUGCACCCACUGCCCGACUUGCUCGUUGUUGCUGACAAGUUUCGAUCGUUUGCCGAGAUUCAAGCAGAAACAGUUGUGUCUAAUCCCGGCUCAUUCUCGAACGGGUCUUUCGGAUUUCACGUUUACCUCCCGUUUGAGCGGAAAAUUGAGGAUAGCGCUAUAGACCUGCCAGCCGAUCGGUGA